AUGGAUUACACGAACCUAUAUGACGGUGCCUUGAGUGGCAGUUCCCACUUUUACCCUGAUGGCGACCUACAGUCUGUCAAGAAGCAUUGCACCAAUCUGAGCGAAAUAGCAAAAAUGAAUUUUCCCCUGGAGGUAGGCAUUCCAAAGGAGAAGGAGAGGAGAAGACACGAAAACGUGUUUGACCGAUUGACGGAUGAGAACUUUUACACAGGAAUGCAUAAGCAAAAGUUUGACGCAUUAAGGAGAAGAGCCGCCUCGAAAGGGAUUUGUCAAAAUUUGAAGCUUAAGCAUUUACAAGUGGAGGGAGGUGGUAUAACCGGAGGACACCCCCCACGGACCAUUUUUCAGAAGAAGUGCAAAACUAGUGUAGUUACGCCAGGAACAUUGGGGAUGCAAAAAUAUGGAAUUCAAAUUGCACAGCCAAAAAAUAUUUGGCUAUUUCGCAACGGAGAUGAACAUCACAAUGGUCUGCUUUUCCUAGUCAAGCCACACGUAAACAAUUGGAAGUCGCUGCUGAGUGAAAUUACCAAAGUGCUGAGCCCGACGAUUGGACCUGUUAGAAUUAUUUACAACGCGAACUUUCGCCUAGUGCGAACGGUCAAGGAGCUGAACGAUGGAGAAAAAUACCUGUGUACAUCUGGGGAGCCCCCAGCGCGAGUGGACAGACUGACUCGCUUUCUCAGUCCCUGGGUGAUGCACGCCAAUAAUCCCCAUGCGGGGUAG